UUCUAACGUUGCUCGGGUUUGAUUCACAAUCUAUUUCCGCGUUGCUAUCGUAUUAGCAUCAUCUACUGGUGUCUGAAAAGUAGUUAACUCUAAUUAAUCACGACUUUUCAACACAGACGUCUAUUCGACAAAAGGAGAUACAACUUCAAGGUCUCCGGGCAGAAAGUGGUGUCAGGUCUGGUUCAGUCUGGUUGAACAGUUAAUGCACAGAGUAAAGAGGCCGAAAAUUGAAGACAAAACAGAAGACGGUGCGGUAAGUGUGAGAGCAGCACUGGCAGGCAUGACCGGGGUGGACGAGCUCUCAGACAGCACAGAGGUGGUGGAGAUGGAGGACGUGAGUUCCACCCAGUUCCAGGUGGAGAAACAUACGUGGGAUGGCCUGCGGAAGAUCAUCCACAACAGCCGCAAAAACACCGGCGUGGUUAUCAACAAGGCACCGCACGACUUCCAGUUCAUCCAGAAAGACGAGAGCAGCCCGCACUCUCACCGCAUCUACUACCUUGGAAUGCCUUACGCCAGCAGGGAAAAUGCGUUACUCUACUCAGACAUUCCCAAGAAGAUCCGCAAAGAUGCACUGUUGGUUUUGUCCUGGAAACCAAUGCUGGAUCACUUUCAGGCCAGCCCUCACCAUGGAGGCUUCUCUCGGGAGGAAGAGCUGCUGCGAGAGAGGAAGCGUUUGGGGGUGUCUGGCAUCACCUCCUAUGACUACCACCGACCCAGCGGCCUCUUCCUGUUCCAGGCCAACAGCAGCCUGUACUACUGCCGUGAUGGUGGGAACAGCAGCUUCAUUACUUCUCCGAUGAAUCCCACAGAGAUUACGAGCCAGAAUUCAGGCACACGUAUGGACCCCAAGAUCUGCCCCGGUGACCCCAGCUUCAUCGGGUUCAUCAACAACAAUGACAUUUGGGUGACUAGUAUUGAGACAGGGGAAGAGAAGAGACUCACCUUCUGCCACAAAGGUAUCGAUAACCCCAAAGAGGAUCCUAAAUCUGCCGGCGUAGCCACUUUUGUCACCCAGGAAGAGUUUGAUCGCUUCACUGGAUACUGGUGGUGUCCAGCUGCUUGUGAAGAGGCAGACGGCGGGAAAACUCUACAGAUUCUCUAUGAGGAGGUGGAUGAGUCUGAGGUAGAGAUCAUCCACGUCCCGUCUCCGGCUCUGGAAGAGCGCAAGACAGAUGUCUACAGAUACCCACACGCAGGCAGCAAAAAUCCUGAUAUCACCCUCAAAAUAGCAGAAAUACGAACAGACAGUCAAGGCAGAAUUGUCAGCACACAGGAAAAGGAGCUACCUGUUCCCUUCACCAGCCUGUUCCCACGUGCAGAGUACAUUACCAGAGCCGGAUGGACCAAAGACGGCAGAUACGCGUGGGCGGUGAUGAUGGACCGACGGCAGCAGAAUCUCCAGCUGGUCCUGCUGCCUCCUGAACUCUUCAUCCCAGCGCAUCAGGACGAAGCCAAAAGACGGGAGAGCCUGGAGGCCCUCGGAGACUCGGUCCACCCUUUCAUCAUUUACCAAGAGACCAGUGACAUCUGGAUCAACGUCCAUGACAUCUUCCAUCCUUUCAUUCAAACCAGUGAUGAUGAGAUCACCUUCAUCACAGUAAACGAGUCCAAAACUGGCUUCUGCCACCUGUAUAAGAUCACCUCAGUGUUACAGCGGGGCAGCUAUCACUGGGCCAAAGGCUUCACACACUCUGAAGAUGAUUUCAAGUGUCCAGUCAAAGAGGAGGUGAUGGUGACCAGCGGGGAGUGGGAGGUGCUGGCCAAUCAUGGCGCAAAGCGUUCAUCCAGCCCUCAGAUUUGGGUGGAUGAGGCAGCCAAGCUGGUUUACUUUCAGGGAACCAAAGACUCUCCUCUGGAGCACCACCUCUACGUGGUGAGCUACGACUCGCCCGGUGAAAUCGUCCGACUCACCAAACCUGGCUUCUCCCACAGCUGCUCUGUGAGCCAGACCUUCGACAUGUUUAUCAGCCAUUACAGCAGCCUGACCACUGCGCCAUGUGUCCACAUUUACAAGCUGAAUGGCUCAGACAGCGACCCUCUGCACAAAGAGCCCCAGUUUUGGGCGAGCAUGAUGGAAUCUUCUGCUUUCCCACUUGACGGCACACCUCCAGAGAUCUUUAGCUUCACCGGCAAGUCGGGUUUCGAGCUGUACGGCAUGCUGUACAAACCGGAGAAGCUAGUCCCCGGGAGGAAGCACCCCACUGUCGUCUUUGUCUAUGGUGGUCCUCAGGUGCAAUUAGUAAACAAUUCUUAUAAAGGGGUGAAGUACCUGCGGCUGAGCACGCUGGCCUCUUUGGGCUACGUUGUGCUGGUUAUCGAUGGGCGAGGCUCCUGCCAGCGAGGCCUCAAGUUUGAAGGAGCUGUGAAGGACAGAAUGGGUCAGGUGGAGAUUGAAGACCAGGUGGAGGGUUUGCACUACAUCGCAGACAAGUACAAGUUUGUAGACCUGAGUCGCGUCGCCAUCCACGGCUGGUCGUACGGCGGCUUCCUGUCCCUCAUGGGCCUCAUCCACAAACCCGAUGUCUUUAAGGUUGCUAUCGCGGGCGCUCCGGUGACGUUGUGGAUGGCCUAUGACACCGGCUACACGGAGCGAUAUUUGGACACCCCUGAAAAAAACCAGAGGGGAUACGAAGCUUGUUCUGUCGCCCUGCACGUCGACAAGCUUCCCAAUGAGCCCAACAGGUUGCUGAUCCUGCAUGGAUUCUUAGACGAGAACGUGCACUUUUUCCACACUAACUUCCUCGUGUCUCAACUCAUCCGAGCAGGGAAACCAUACAGCCUGCAGGUUUACCCCAACGAGCGACACAGCAUCAGAUGUCCAGAGUCUGGAGAGCAUUAUGAGAUUACACUGCUGCACUUCCUCCAGCAGAACCUCUGAUAAGCCUUUUGACGCAGCAACCUUCCCUCCUCGCUUCCUGUCCUUCCUCCCCUUGUCUCCUCUUUCACAUUCCUACAUUUGUCCAACUCCGCGUCGCCUCCUAGAUUUUUAUAAUCUGUUGAAUGCAAGCUAUGCCAAAUCUCAUCACACCUUGACAGCUGUCUGUCUUAAAGGCGCUUCAGCAUUUUAGCAUCAAUAAAUCAUUACAGGGAUCAUAUGCAGAUGUCAGUACAAUGGGCAGGUACUGCCCAGCACUGAGGAGGAGACCUCUUGUAGCCUUCAGGCUGUCGGAGGCUUUGGGGAGAGAACCGAUCGGUUGCUUUGAGCCACAAAACAAGCAGGGGGCGCUAUUUGCCAGAAAGAACUGUAGCUUUCUGAGUUUGUAGUCACAGUGGAGCGAGAAAGAGUGUAACAGUAAUGAUGAUUGAUGCUGAACAUGCUGCACCAACACAAUCAAUUCAUCAGCAAUGCAAAAAGUGCAUAAAUGGACCUGCAGUGCCCAGUUUUUGAACCUGGUUUGUCUAUUCUUUUUCUUUUUGGUGCCAUUUUUUUUUUUAAAGUUCUGCUUUUCUGGGUAUCAACUGACAGAGAUAUCACUUUCCCCCCUGUGAAUAAACAGUCAUGUGAAGCUAGUAAAUGUAAAGCUCUGAAAGAGCAAACAAAACAGCGCUUAACCCUCCUUGUCACACGCUUUGUAGUCUUUUUGUGCUUUGAGAUUUCUUUCUCAUGUGCUGUCAAAGAUGAUUUUUAUGUGGCAUGCCAAGCCAAAUGCCACAUUUUUAUUGUGUAUUAAUAAAAUUUAUACUUUUAUUGUUAUCUAAUCAUUCAUAAUGGGAAUGCGUAGCGACCCGUCGCUGCUUCCCUCAGUCACGUGCUUUAACUUUUCUCGGGAGCUUCUUUUCCUUCUGCUGCUGAGGACUUUUGCACAGUACGUGUUUGCCUUGGUGCCGACAAGCUGACCUGCAUGAUGUUUGGCAGAGCCGUUGGCAAUCUGAGGUGCCUUGCAAGAGUUUAAGAGCGCCCGCUCACAUCAUGCAUAUCAGGGAACCUGUUAGAGUACCUCAAGUGUCUGAUGAACAUCUGUAAGAUGAGCUGCCAUGACAUGGUAUCUGUACAUGGUUAAAUGUACUCUCAGAUAUUGAAGAAAUAAACAGAAGUGAACAAUCUUUUCCAAA